AUGAUCGUGGUAUCGAGCAAUCGAGAUGUUCAAAAAGAAAAUUGUCGUGGUCGAAUUGAUUUGUACAAUUCAUUUUUAUUUUCAUCAACAAUAGAUCGUACCGAUAUUACAUUAGUUUCAUCUCAUUCACAUGCACCGGAGCCUGCGCAAUUGCAACGAAGUAUUCAACGGAAACGCCAACAACAAAAAUCAUUCGAUGCAUUUCUAAUGACCAUUGAACAUGAAGAACAUUUAUCCAGUAGUGAUAUCGAAAUUCUCUACCAUUCAAUAAAUGACAAUUCUUCAUUACAUUUAACUGAUAUUUCAAUAUAG